ACGAGAAUACUAGGACAAUGGCUGCUGAUUUCUGGUCAUCGACGCAGAGAAUGCACUGGCAGUUCACCAGAGAGUCGCUCCAGGAAACACGAGACGAAUUGAAGCUGUUGGAGACCACGAUGGAGCAGAGCGAGUUGGUGUCCAAAGUGAGCGUCCAAUACGACUUGUACAUGAGAAUCUACAUCCAUUCGCUGGUGAACAAGUUGGGACGAAGACUGAGUGUGCGACAGGUGGCUCUCUCGACGGCAGAGGUGUAUCUGAUGAGGUUCCUCACCAGAGUCUCCUUGAAAGAGGUGAAUUUGUACUUGUUGAUAACAACUUGUAUCUAUCUCAGUUGCAAAAUAGAAGAGUGUCCACAGCAUAUAAGAACCAUUGUCUCUGAGGCAAGAAACCUAUGGCCAGAGUAUAUCCCUCAUGAUGCUACAAAAGUUGCAGAGUUUGAAUUUUACUUGAUUGAAGAGUUGGAUACUUAUUUGAUUGUUCAUCAUCCGUAUAGAUCGUUGAUAUUGAUCAAUGAAGUGUUGACAAAUUACAAUAGAAAGAAUAACACCAAUGGAAUCCCAGCAGCAGCAACAGCACCAAAUGAUGAGACAGCAAAGAGUCCAUCGUCAUUAUCUCCAGAAGAAUUACAAUCCAGUUGGUCCAUCAUCAACGAUAGCUAUGUCACAGACCUCCCACUUAUUUUCCCACCACACAUCAUCGCAGCUGCCUCCGUGUACUUGACCAUAGUGCUCAAGCAUAACCAUCUUGUCCAUUUACAGAAAGAAGCAUUAAAGAACUCCAAGCCCACGCCAAUGAAUGAGGAGUUGCUUAAAAGCGAUGCUCUCAGGGCAUAUGUCCACUUUUUGGGCCACUCCAACAUCGAUUUGGCAGAGGUAGUCGAGGCCGUGCAAGAGAUGAUCACUCUCUACGAAGUCUGGGAGUCCUACGACGAGAACCACUGCAAGAAACCGUUGGAAAGUGUUUUGCUGAACCGUUGAUAUAAUACACUGAGAAUCCUUGACUGCCCGAUUAGGAAACGGUUGUGUUGCGCUGCUCCUUGUUUUCAAUUUUUUUUUUUCUUUCUUUUCGUGUUUUCGUCAAAAGUUUUUUUAAUUGGAAAAAAAAAAGAAGGAUACGCUGUCAGACUCAGGAACGUUUCGUUGAUCAGCUGCUUGGGAUCGCUUUUUCAAUUGAUUGGUUUUUGUGCUUGUUCUGCUGGUGUUGGUGCUGGUACUGGGUUCAUUCGUUUUGCUAUAGAAAGCUUUAAUUUCAGUUCAAUUUUAUCAUUACUAUU